AUGUGGUGCCAGUGGGUUAAAUCCUAUUUACUCAAGGGUAGAAGUUUUUGGACGGUCAAAAUCCCCCCUGACCCUUCAUGGGUUUGGAGGAAAAUAUUGUCUCUUAGGGACUGGAUGUCUCCUCUAAUUAAUCACCAAGUUGGUUGUGGAGAUUCUACAUUCCUUUGGUACGACAAUUGGCACCCUCUUGGUCCUCUAUGGAAUAAGUUUGGGGACAGGAUCAUGUAUGACUCUUGCCUCAACAGUGAGACCAAAGUCAGUCAAAUCAUCAAUGGUCACUCUUGGAAGUGGCCUAUUCCUAAUUCUUGGGAAAUUCAGGAGUUGAUCUCAUCUACUCUUGAAUGCUGCAAACCUAACCCUUCCAAGUGUGACCAAGUUAUCUGGAAUCUUACUACUGAUGGUCAGUUUUCCAUUCACUCAGCUUGGAAUCAUUGGAGACGUAGUUUUGGUAGAGUGGUUUGGCAUAAACUCCUUUGGGGCCCUCACAGGAUUCCUAAAGUCAGUUUCAUUGUCUGGGUUGAUAUCCAUAACAGGUUGUACACUGGUGAUAGGCUAAUGCUGUUUGGUUUAGCUCCUCAUUCUCAGUGCCCAUUCUGCCUUGAUCCUGGAGAAAGUCAUUCUCAUCUCUUUUUUAAGUGCAGUUUUACCAAUAGAGUUUGGGGUGCUAUUGAAGGCAAAUGCAACAUGAUGUGGCCUGCUUUGGAUUGGCCUGAUAUUGUUACAUAUGCUACGAAGGAGGCUAAGGGUAAUUCUCUUAGGGCUAAUAUUCUGAGCAAUGCUUUCUUGUGCUCUAUUUACCACAUCUGA